AGGUUGGUUCUGUUGCUUACAAGUUGGACCUUCCCAAAGGGUGUCGCAUACAUUCCGUUUUUUAUGUCUUUGCCUUAAAGUUAAAGUUGGGAGCAAAUGUUACUUCCAACCCCUACUUACCUUCUCUUACUGAUGUUUCUGAAUUGGUGCAUAAGAAAAUUUUAGAUCGCAGCAUGUUCAAGCAGAACAAUCAAACUGUCACACGUUGGCUCAUUCAGUGGAAGGGUUAUUCUGUUAAUGAAGCUAAUUGGGAAGACCAUGCUGCUUUUUGUGCUCAUUAUCCUAAUUUUCCAGCUUGAAGACUAGCUGUGAUUCUAGGGCGGUUGAAUGUUAGGAAACCAAUUAUAUUAGCAAGUCUACUUCUUUUCAAUUACUAUCUAAUCAAUUUAGGAAGUCUAUGUUAUUUUUCUUUUAUAAGGAUGCUUAUUGUAAUUUUGAUAAGGAGAUUUAAUAAUAUUAAGAGUUUCAGUGACUAAUCGUCAAUUCAAAGGAUUGUUGGUGGCUGAUCCCCAAUCAAAUGAUCAAAUUCAAGGUCUAGGGCCCUAUCACAUUGAACCAGAGCUCCGUAGCUCCGCAGCUCCACCGUUGUUGAACCAAAUCGUGAGAUCCGUAGCUCUGCCAUCGUUGAACCAAAGCUUCACCACCUUGUGCCACUAGUUCUGGGGGUUUCUCCACGUCAUUGUCAUCGACAAACUCCAGCAACGAUGAUGCAGAGAAGCCCACACUCAAAUCUAUGCAAGAAGAUGGAGAUGUACUCAAAUCUGUCCACCUCACCCGCGUCUGGCGUGCAGACCUGGUUGAGCGCGGCAAACAUCUGGUCAGAAAGACCAGAUCUGGUAGCACCAAGUGUUGCCAUCAAUUCUUCAAUGAUGUCAAACCCUAACAAGCAAAGCAUAGGACCUAGAGAUGGAAAAACACCAAGAGAUUUACAGAGAUUGAAGAGUUAUGGUCAGAGUUGUUCAAGAGGAUUUCGAGGAGGAUGGAGACAAAGAUUGCUCAAAAAUUUUGUGAUAAUCCUGGAUCCGUCAAGAAAGGUGCUCCGAGCGAGAAGGCUACCAAGAAGAUGAAGAAAGAGAAGAUGAGCACACAGAGAGAGAGAAAUUUGUAGAUGAAAGAUUGCAAUAGAUAUCAGUGUAUGUACUGGAUUAAUUUCAACAAAUAAGGAUAAAGAACAAGAAAGAGGAAGAGUGAAAGAUUGCAACUUAUAGUGGUUUGGUGUAUUUUAACAAAUAAUUCUCUUCUCCCGCUCUCUCCACCCAUUUCAAUAGAUCAUCACCACUUGUCUCAAUAAAUUGAAAAAAAAAGAAAAAAAGAAAUUGAACAUAUAAAAAAAAAUUGAAUAGGUAAUUUCAACAAAUAGAAAAAUAAAAAAAAUUAAAUAGAUAAGAACAAACAUAUUCACUUUUUGACAAAUAGAGAGAGAAUGUGUAGGUUUAACAAAUAGAUACAAAAUUUCAAGAGAUAAAAAAUAUUUUGACAACCGAUAAGGUUGGUUUGAAUGAUAGGAAUAAAAUUUGAACCGAAAAGAUUAAAAAAUUAAACAAAUAGGGUAAAAAAAUUAAGCAUAUAAGGAAAAAAAAUUAAAAAGAUAGAUAUAAAUUUGAAUGGAUAGGAAAAAAAUUUGAACAGAUAAUCAAUAAAAAGUCCACAGAUAAAUUAAGGGGUAAAAUUAGAAACAAAAUGUCUUGCAAAACCAACAAAAUGACUUCUCACUAAACUAUUUCACAAAUGGUAGAUCUCUCACCAAUAAAAAAUAUUCACUAGAUGUAAUGUCUUGUACCCUUCUUCGCUUGGAUUUUUCAACAAGUAUCUCAAUAAUUUAUUAAAAAAUAUGGUUACAUAAUUGUGAGUAAGGUUAUGUAAAUAUCAUUUCAAACCGA